AAACAAAAAAGAAAAAAAGAAAAAAAUAAAGAUACAGUGAAGAGGGCAAUGGUUGUUGGAUAUGAAGCAUGGGGGGCUGGACGAGAAUGACAUAGUUAAUUGAUCCGUCCGACUCUUACAGCAGAGAGACUGAUUGAAGAGAGCGAAAAAACAAAAAAGGAAGGAUAAUGGAGAAGAUGAACCAUGCCUUUGAGAAGGUGAAGAUGCUGGUGGGUAUGGAGCCUGAUGAAGAGGAAGCCACCGCUUCUGCUGACUCCUCCUCCUCUUUCAUGGACGAUUUGAACCGUGACUGUACCUUGUCCACCAAGCAGAGACUUUACGGCUUCGCCAUUUGCUUGUCUGCUGGUAUCACGUGUACUCUUCUGUCAAUGCUUGUCUUCUUCAAUCCAAUCAAGUUUGGAAUAACAUUCACGCUUGGAAAUCUGCUUUCACUUGGAAGCACAGGAUUCCUUAUAGGUCCUAAACGGCAAGUGACAAUGAUGCUUGAUCCUGUUCGUAUCUAUGCAACAGCAAUAUACCUUGCAAGUAUAAUAAUUGCCUUGUUUUGUGCUCUCUAUGUUCGCAACAAGUUGUUGACACUUUUGGCAAUUAUUUUGGAGUUUGGCGCUCUGAUUUGGUAUAGUUUGAGCUACAUCCCUUUUGCAAGGUCCAUGGUAUCAAAGAUCAUGGUAGCUUGUUUUGACACUGACUUCUAGAAUGAUAUACAAAUGGACACUCGUGAUGGAUCCUAUCGAAGAGCAUGGUCUUGGUAUUUGUACACAUGAGAAUUUUGUUGUAAUCUUGCACAUAGUUAGAGGGAGGUUAGCCCCACCCUUGGCACAUAAACUCAACAAAAUUUAAGUAUAAGCUGUAUAUGGGUAGAUAUAUCCAUUUUUUCCCAGUCCAUAUUCCAGUUAUCUUGCAACCUGUGUUACCGGAGAAUUUCUUGUUCUGUUUUGAGAAAAAUUGAUCUGUUAUAGAACUGUCUUCAUAACUUCAA